UUAUGCACCCACCUUAUAGUAGCCCCAUCUAAAUGGUAACAGGACAACUAAUAGGCGUCUCUCCCGCCCCUCAUCAGACCAAGGCGUGGGCCCCUCUAACAAGUCCCAGGACCCAUGUCAAGGGUUUAGUUGGUGUGCUCAGGGACAAAAUACCAGCCUCACCUCUCCAGUUUUUAGAUCACCUACUCCCUUUCUACUGGGCAUGGGAACCCAUCAGCUCCAAUAGGUGGGUUCUAGAGACAGUAGGGAGGGGAUAUGUCAUCCCCUUCCUCUCACCUCCCCCCUCACACCUCCCUACUCCCUCUCUCUUCAGGGAUCCCGCUCACAAGCAUCUCCUCAGGGAGGAGGUGCAACAGUUCCUGCGACGGGGAGCCGCCGAAGCGGCCCCCAGGGAUUCGGGCACAAGGGGUUCUACUCAAGGUAUUUCCUAGUGCCCAAAGCAAAGGGGGUUCUGGCCCACCCUAGACGUCAGGGAUUUAAAUACAUUCAUCAUUAAAGCCAAGUUCAAGAUGGUGACACUGGCAUCAAGCAUCCCUCCCUCAGCCUUGGACACUCAUGCGCUGCCCUCGGUCUCAAGGACACUUACUUCCACAUCUCGAUCGCAUCCCAUCACAGGAGAUUUCUGCGUUUUAUGGUUGGCCCAGGUCAUUACCAAUUUACAGCCUUCCCCUUUGGGCUGUCUACAGCCCCCUGAGUUUUCAUGAAAUCCUUGGCUGUAGUGGCAGCCUUCCUAAGGCAGCGAGGGGUCCAAGUAUUCCCCUACCUCAACGACUGGCUGGUGCGGGACUCAUCCUCAGACCAGAUGCUAGUGCAUAUUGCUUUGGUGCAGGCCCUUUUCUCGGAGCUGGGCCGCCUCCUGGACGUGGCCAAGUCAACUCUGGUCCCCACUCAAGACAUAGAGUUUGUAGGAGUUCAUCUGGACUCCACGACAGCCAUGGCCUUCCUUCCCAGAUCUCAUUUCCUGGCUAUCAGGGAAGCCAUUCUGGCCUUACAAGCAUUCCCUAUGACCACGGCCAGAAACUGCAUGCACCUACUAGGGCUCAUGGCCACCUGUACGUAUGUGAUUCAGCAUGCCAGGCUCCACAUGCAUCCCCUGCAGCUGUGGUUGGCUUGGGUUCACAGCCCUUCCUCCAUGUCUGGGACAGGGUGGUGAUAGUCUAUCCGGGUAUUCUCCAAUCCCUGGACUGAUGGACCCAGGAGCAGGUGGUCCAUGCUGGAGUCCCGUUCUCCAGGCCCCUCCCAACCCUGCAACUUGUAGCAGAUGCCUCCAACACUGGCUGAGGCGCCGUCGGCAACGUAAGAAUGAAAGGUCACAGGAGGAACUUUCCCUGCACAUCACUGUCAGGAAGCUGUGGACUGUUUGCCUUGCGUGCCAGGCCUUCUUUCCCCACCUCAGGCAAGACAAUCCUCAUCCUGUCCAACACACAGCAGCAGUCGCCUAUAUCAACUGGCAGGGUGGGGCACGUUCUCUCCCCUGUGCCAGGAAUCCCUCCGGCUCUUGGAACUCUGCAUUGGGGUAGAUGUUCACCCAAUCGCAUCCUAUCGGGAGAACACUCUGGCGGACCAGCUGAGCCGGGCUUUUUCCUGCCACGAAUGAUCCCUCGGGAGAUGUGGCCCUUCACAUCUUCCGCAGGUAGGGGUUUCUCCUCCUAGACCUCUGCAAUACAGCAGAACAGGAAGUGCUCCAGGUAGUGCUCUACUCCCUCAUGGGGAAUGGUCGGGGGUCCCUGGGAGAUGCUGUCCUUAUCCCCUGACCCAAGGGCCUGCUUUACGUGUCGUCAUCCCCCCUCCCCGGUCGCCAUUUCUGCUGGUGCACAGGGUGCUUUUGAAAGUGAGGGACUUCAGGGCCUCCCUCAUCCUCAUUCUUGUCCCAGACAGCCUUCGUUCACAUCCGAUAAACACGUUGUGCAAGAAGCCACUUGCGCUCCCCCCUGCACUCAGACUUCAUAACUCAGGACUUCGGCAGACUUCGCCACCCGCACCUACAGUCCCGCCACCUAAUGGCCGACAGCAGUGGCGCUCCAGUGCUCGGAGCAGGUGCAGGAAGUCCUGUCUGGCUAAAUGGAAGCGCUUCUCCCUUUGGGCUGCUCAGAAGGGUAUCUCCCCAGUACUGGUUCUGGACUUCCUCCUCAUCAAGCAGGGUUCACCUGGCGGCUAUUUCCGCCUUUCACACAGGCUUUAGGGACACGAUGCUCUUUGCACAUCCUAUGGUCCAGAGAUUUGUACAGGGUUUGAACAGACUUUACCUGGUCAGUCUGUCCCCCUGUAGGAUCUAAACUUAGUUCUGUCCAGGCUCAAGGGGCUCCCUUUCGAGCCCCUGGUGACGUGCUUGCUGCUGCACUUCUCCUGUAAGGUGUCCUUCCUGGUGGCUAUCAGGUAGGCCAGGCGCACAUCUAAACUGAGGGCUCCCCCCUUACAGUAUUCAUCAAGAACAAGGCCUGGUUACGCCUCCACCGCGCCUUCCUUCUGAAGGUGGUGUCUCACUUUCUUGUGUUUCAGGGCAUUUUUCUCCCGUUUUUUUACCCAAAGCCCCAUGCUUCAGGCAAGGAACAGGCGCUACGCAUGUUAGAUGUCAGGAGAGCCUUAGCUGUUUAUUUAGAAAGAACAAAGCCCUUCCGAAGGUCUCCACAGCUCUUUGUGGCAACUGCAGAACAGCUGAAGGGGCAGCCGGUCUCUGCACAGGGGAACACCUUGUGGAUUACAUCCUGCAUCAAGGAGUGCUAUCGGCUAGCUGGGGUACCAGCUCCUCCGCUCACGGCCCAGUCCACUAGGGCCCAGGCCUCCUCCACAGCCUUUGUGGCUCAGGUCCCGAUCCUGGACAUCUGCAGGGCCGCCACGUGGUCCUCGGUACACACUUUAGCCAAUCAUUAUGUGCUAGCUCACCAGUCUAGGAAGGAUGCAGCACUGGGUAGGGCUCUGGUAAGAUCCAGUGUAAACUGACCAGGGAUUUGUGGCUGGUUCUUUGGGACCGGAAAGACUCAUUCAGGGUAGCUGAGAUCGGGUUCUCUAACCCCUCACCUGUGUGUAGGUCCAGGGCUGAUUGUGGCACAGGAAGAGCUGGGGUGUCAGAGGGGUUUUGCACAUGUGGCUUCCUGCUGGCUGCAUUAGCAGCUGGAGUGCUCGGUGUAACUGGUUUGUGGACUAUUUGGGAAAGGUCUCCAGUCUGGGGCUGUAAAGACCCCUGGUUUUGAGCAAUUCGCGCUGAGUGGAUGCCCUCGGCGGUGCCCAGACCUGGCCCGGUCAUCACAGCUAGUGAGAGCGUCCAGUAAAUGUAGGCACCUUAGCAUCCACCAGUAUCCUGCUCCCCCCCUUCCACCCCGGCUACCAACAGCCCAGCAGAUCAAGUCCUCUCCUCCCGCCCCGUGUUUCCCGCCUGCCACAAUCAGCUGUUUCUCAGUGUGCAGGAGGCACUGGGAGGAGUGGAGAUGGGGGCACACUGAGGGGCAAGGUGGAAAGAGGUGGAGCAGGAAGAAGGUGGGUGGGUGCUUGGGGGAAGCGCAGGCACCAAGCACGAGGCAGGAAGUGGCAGGGUGGGGCAUGGCAUGGGGACUUGGAGAAAGGGUUGAGUGGGAGCAGGUCCUGAGGCAAAGCAGAGACUUGGGCACCCCCCGUAACCCAGAGGAAGCCAGCGCCUGUGAUACGUGUUAGCAGGUGACUCACCUGAUCUGCCACAAAACCCCCUCUAGCCUCCCCCAACGGCGCGAUGAUCUCUCAGGUACCAGCUGACCUAGCAGGAUCAUUUUAACUAGACAGUGCCUAACUCAUUGUCCAAAGGUGUUUGUAUUUGAAUAGGAGACACUCCAGGCUACCACACCUCCGUUAUUCCUGGAGUGCGAGGCAGGUGGCACCAGCCCUGCUAGCAGAUGGAUGAUUUCGUAUUCACUGUGGCAUUAAAUAACCCAACAGUUUCAUAAAAUCAGUCAGAAAAUAAUGUUUUACACAGACCAAUUAUCCAGCCUGGUACACGCGUGUUCUUUAAGAGCGUUGUAGAUUAUCCUGCCCUCAAGCUUCCGCCCACCGCCCCGUCAUACAAACUGUGGUUCCCAGACCUCUGCAGACCCUGCUCCCAGCUGAGCAGGCCGAGCUAUCUCCUGUUCCCUACCUGCUGGGCUGCGUGCCCGGAGACCCCAGCCCUCUGCUGCUUUCUCCCCAGAGCGGGAGUGCAGGCAGACUGCCCAGAGGAGAAACCAUCUGUGGCACAGGAGAAAAGAGCAAGCUGGGAAUGGCUCAGUGUCUCUGGCCUGGCCUGGCUUCCUGCCUAUCACCGCACCCAGUAAAGGGCCAGCCCUGAAGGUGGCCAAUGUCUCUGCUCAGCCGGUGACACGAGUUAACAUGAGAUGCCUUGUUCGCACGAUUGGUUGAACUCUGGUCACCCUGCCUGGUGCUGCCAGCUCAGCCAGAAGCCUUGUUCUACCUGUUCACCACGCUCCACAGCUGCUGCUGCUUCUCACCUGAGCCAGGCAGGAAAGGGGAGAGCUGGGUGGGGGAGGUGACACCAUGCACCACAGUCAGCCUGGAAACGCUUCCAGGCCAACAGGUUGUAUUGGACACCACCCUGCUGGGGAAUGUACCUGUCUCAGGCCCCGUGAAGGGAGGGGCUUGCUGCAGAAUAUCAGCAGCAGGAGCUGCCUGGCCUGCCAGGAAAGGGGAGCUGGAAAUGAAACCUGUGGCUUGGCAGGCAGUUGCUGAGGGAAGGGAAGAGCCCAGAUUCCACCCUUGGGCCACAUCCCAGGAGCUGCUGUGUCAGCUUGAGGCCAAUGGCAGGAACGUGGGGCGCAGCCUUGGCUGGCAGCUGGGCAGAGGCGGAGGGGCAGCGUGGUGCCUGAAGUGAGGCGAUUGCUUGUCAGCUGUGGAAAAACCAGCCGCUGGCCUGGGGCCCAUCCAGCGGCACCUCAGCUCACCGCACAAAGUCCAGCCUCUCCCUCAGCCAGUCUCUCCUGCAAGGCACUGACGCAGUGAUGGGCACCCCCGCCGUACUGCAGCUCUGACCGACAGCGGCCACAGGCAUCAGGGGCACAAACCGAGCAGGGAAAUGCUGCAGCCUUCACAGCUGCUGAGGCAUUGAGUGCCCCGGCUAGGCUGCCCCUGGGAUCACUGCAGCACUCCCUGCCCAGCCCCUCCAGCCCCCACCAUGCCCGAGCUGGCGCAGCUCCCUGCGCCCAGGCCUCUGGCAAAUGCUGGCCACAUCCAGAGGAACAUCCUUGAGGAGCAUGUGGAGCUGUGGUGGUUCAAGGACCCUAAGAAAUCCAUCCUGUGCUAUGGGGUUGCCGUGGUGCUCAUUCUGGCCUGUGGGGUGGGGGGCAUUGUCCUGCUCUACAGCACCAGCAGCCGAUCCGGGGAGUGGCGGCUGGCGGUGGGCACCACCCUCUGCCUCCUGGCCCUCCUGGUGCUGCUGAAGCAGCUUCUGAGCUCUGCCAUCCAGGACAUGAACUGCAUCCAGAGCAGGAGCCAGAUCCAGCUGCUGAAGAGUGGAGGCUUUUCAGACUGUGUGGUGCUGCUGCUCAGUGCCCUGGUGCUGCUGGUCUGCGGCAUGGUCCUCACUGUCCUCUCCACCACGACCAUGCAGCUCAGCCCGGCCCGGCCUCUGGCCAGCAUGUUCACCAGCGGCAUCAUCCUCAUGGCGGCAGGGGUUGCCGUUAUGCUGUGCCUGCUACUUUACAAGCUGAGCGCUUCCUGCUGCCCCGGGGCUCCCCGCAGCCUGGACACAGAUGACAUGAGCAUCUUCACCAUCUCCGGCCGGCUCUCCGACAACCACCGGCUCGCCACCACCUCCAGCAUGGCCAACCUGAUCUAGGCCUGGGCAGGCCCCCGGAGCACCGCCAAUGUGAGGCAGGGCAAGGCCAUGCGCCAACCCCUCUUCACCCAGGGAAGAGCAGAAAUUUGCACGCUGCCUUGACCCAACGGCAGCCGGCCUUUGCACGUUACUCAGGCCAGCUGGCCUGAGCCCUGGCAAGGAGUAUGCAGCUCCUGGGUUGAUUCGAUUUAACUUUCCAAGUAGCAGGCAAAGUCUCCAGCUCUGCAUCCCUUGGACACACUGCAGUCCCUGCUCUGAGGACUGAAGAGGAAGGUGAGCAUGUCCUGGCCCUGUUGAGAACCCCUCGCUGCUCUGGGGAGACCCUGAUGUGUCUGGAGCAAAAGCAAUGUUUCUCAUGUGAGUCUCUGCUGUCUGGCAGGCUGGCUGCUCCUGGCAGAGGCUUCCAUAGCUCUGGGGUAGAGCUGCUCCUUCGGGAUCCAAGCCCUAGCAGGCACUGCCUCUGAGAGCCUGGGCACGUGUCCCUGAGAUGCUAAGCCUGCCAGGGUGACCCAUGCCACGCGUCCCUCCAGCAGCUCAGUGGGGCACCAUGGCCUCACCCCCAGAAGGGCGAGCAGCCGGAGGGGUAUGGGACGGUGCACGGCGUGACUCGGGGCACGUGGACAGCUGUGCACACAGGGUAGGUAGAAGGGGUGUGUAGCACAGAUGAGUGUAAGUGCUAGAUAGGGACAGAAAUGUGUUUGUCUGGGUGAUGACUUUUUGUGGGGGCCGGGGGGAGAAUGUGUGAGUGGCCGGCCCUGAUCCGAACUAGGCAGAUUUAGACUGCUCAGCCACUCCCCCAAUUUUGUCUUCUCUGCCCCGACCACAGACUCUUUUCUGAAGUCUCCUCAUGGUGCAGAUACUAGGGGAAGGGUUCCCAGACCACGCGCAGCAUUAAAGGAGCAACUGUACAAAAGCCACAGUCGUGCUGGAUAAAGAACUAGUCCCCCCUUACUCUGGCACCUGCUACGGCCGGGUGCAGCCCCAAACCGUGCUGCUCUUUAUGCCGUGAGAUCGUAGUGAGAAUUCCCGCAUGCGGGCUUGGUUGUCACACCUGCUCCCUCCUUCUUUGCCCCGUGUUGUUCUGCGGAUCAGUUACUGGCAUGGAGCCAGGACAGCUCAUGCUGUUAGUCGCUGUCCUGGUCCAUGUGCUGUCGGCCCUGCUCUGUCAUUCUGCCCUUGAGGUGAGCAGCGGCUGUGUCCGUUACUGUUGUUUCCUUCCUCUUCUUUGUCACUAGCGAGGGUAGGAGCUAAGCCCCCGGCGCCAGAUCCCACCAGUGCUGCCUACCCUACGGUCACCAGCACACAGCUGUCAAAGCAGCCUUUUGUUAGCUCAGCACUCAGAGUGCAGCAGAGACUACAGCCAGCGCUACACAUGCAGUAACAAGCCAGGCCAGCACAGACAGGACUAAGGGCAGGUAGGGAAACAUAGGCCAGAGCAGAAACAAUUUGCUCUAGGUCACACCCUGCUUAUGUCAGAACUGGGAAUAGACGCGUGGCCACUUGACAGCAGCCAACGCUGCAGCUCAGCCAUAGCCCCAUGGCUGGAGACAUCUGCCUGUGUGUGUGCGGCCAUGCCCCAUUGCUUGCUACGGUUCCUGCACGUGCGUGUGUCCAAGCCUGCCUGUCUGUGCAGCUAGACCCUACUGCAUGCCUGUGUAGAGGCACCUUGCUGUGUGCUCACAGGUCUGUAUCUUUGCACCCCUUCAUUCACUCUGCCCUGUUUGUGGCCCCCAGGUGCCUAGGCAGAUCUGGCCAGAUUGUACAUUUCACACUUGCACUAAGACUUGAACAGCCACUUGACAAAAGCCAGUGAGGAGAUGCCACCCUGGACAGGUCUCCCGGAGUCAGCAACGAGCCCUCCUAGGGCAUAAGUGUUAGUGCCGUUCACUGUGGGUCGCUGUGCUCCCUGUGCUGUGUGAACAAAUACAAUAAAGUACUGGAAUGACA